GCGGUGGACGCCGCCUUCCGCGAGGGCAAUGCCGCGCGCUUUUUCCGCUUGCUUCGGCCCCUGCCCUACCUGCCGAGCUGCGCCGUGCAGUGCCACGUGGGCCGUGCCCGCCGCGGAGCCCUGGCCCGCCUGGCCCGUGCCCUGAGCACUUCCAAGGGGCAGAGCCUGCCUCUAGACUUCGUGGUCCAGCUGCUGGCGCUGGAUGGACCCCAGGAAGCGCGCGACCUGUGCCAGUCCCACGGGCUGUCUUUGGAUGGAGAAGAGAGAGUUGUUUUCCUGCGGGGUCGCUACGCAGAGAAAGGACUGCCGCCCGCCGGUGCCUGCGAUGUGUUGGUGGGGAGCAAGCUUCGAGGGCACACCCUGGAAGAGGUGGUCCUGGAGGAGGGGGAAGGCGAGGGUGUGGACAGACCCGGACUCCCUGCCCGCGGACGAAACAUGCAGCUUCCGGGAGCCCCGGGACUGGGCCAGAGUGCUGAGGUUUCUUUGUCCGGAGUUCCCGGACAGUAAAAGGAACUUGUUUUAUAAGGA